AUGGUGAGGGGGAAGAUGCAGAUGAGGAGGAUAGAGAACCUGGCCAGCCGGCAGGUGACCUUUUCCAAGCACCGGAGAGGCCUUCUGAAGAAGGCCUUUGAGCUCUCCGUGCUCUGCGAUGCCGAGCACCAAAUGUCAAGUAUUCCCCAAAUUUCUGUUUCAAAUCUCGAAGGAAAAAUAGUGGCUUUGUACAUCUCAUGCAAUAGGGAUUGUUGCAUUGAGUUCUCUCCAAUACUCACACAAAUCUAUAAGAAGCUCAAGGAAAUUGGAGAGAGCUUUGAGGUUGUGCUAGUGUCCUUGGAAGACGACGAAUCCUAUUACGAUGAAGCCAUAGAAAACAUGCCCUGGCUUGCAUUUCCUUUCAAUGACAAAAGCUACGAUAAGCUUUUUUGCUAUUUUGGUCUCUAG